AUGCCGCCAAAGGUACCGGUGCCCAACAAGAACACAGUGCCACCUGCUAGACCUCAGACCCCUGCGACCCCACAAGGGAAGAAUGCCAGGGCCAAGGGGAAUGCGGAGAAACCUGAGGCCAAGUCCAAAGCCGCACCUCAAAGAAAGACGAGUACAGCGGGCAAAGGUCGAGGCAACAGCAAAAACCCGAAGGGGAAGGUUGCAGUUGUCGAAACUGUGGAAGUGGAUACCAUCGAGGUGGAGCCAAAGAACGUAACGAAGUCCGUGCAAGUCAGAGGGAUCGAGGUCACUUCCGGACAGAACCUUCCUCGUAAGCUGCUUGAGAAGUUAGUGGACCUGCCCUUCGUCGCUGGAUACUCGAAACUCAGCCUUCAGCGGGUCUCCUACAGCACAAAGCCGCCGGAGAAAUUGCAGCCUUCGCCAUCGAUCCGUUCGUCACCAUCCUUGAGCCCGGGUCGAUCCCAAACCAAGGGGUCUGAGCGUGGCAUGAAGUCGGAGCCUGCAUCUCCGACGCUGGCGCAGUUCCUGCAGGCACAGGCCCAGGGCCAGGAUGAACAGGAGGACGAUGAUGUGAUGCUGCUGAUCGCCGUGGCCUGUGGUGCAGAACCAUCGAAGCCUUGCCUCCUACGUGUUGGGCCCAGAGAGCUUCUCCAGGAGGAGGCGGAGUGGGUCCCAUACUUCCGUGAAGCCUACGGCCCAUGGUGCCCCGGAGAAGCCCAAAUGUCAGAAACCAAUUGGCUGCACGACAUCAUGCAUUUACCACUUGCAGGUGGUUGCUGCGUGCUACCGGCCAUUGCAAACCUUGGGGCUCCCAGUGACGUCAGGAGCUUCUCAAGGCAGUUCGGCGAAGCUCUGUCAGACAUGGACGGGACUGCGGCCAGCUCGGCCCUGACUGCCAGCGAGCUGGUCUGCAGCUGGAUCCUGGCUCAACCCUUCGACGUCUGUGAGGAGGACACUCUGAACCUGGCACAGGUUUUCAACAACGUCGACAACAUGAUCAUGGGCCACACGCACCCCCAUCUUGGUGUGGAGUACUACGAUGGUAUGGGCUCUGAUCUUGUUGAGAGCCAGCUUGGCGGACCUACAACCGACGGUGUCGCGAUGACGGAGCUGACCAAAAUUGUUUCGGAUCUCAUUCCCGGCAUGAAGCAAACUCGGCCAUCGCAAUUUCUGACAUGGUUCCAUGGCCAAAUGCCGAGCACGGGGUCCAAAUGGAAUCUGGCUGCUUGGUACUCCAAGAGCACUGCGCCCAUCGACUUCGACUGCAUCCUGCAGGAUGCGAACGGACAAGCAUGGCUGUCUGUAUGCAGUGCGAACUCGUCGAUGCCGCGGUUUGUCACAAUGCCACCUGCUGAGAACGACGCUCGAUGCCGUCACGUUUUUGCGCGUCUGGCUCAUUGGCUGCUGUCAGGAGUAUUGCUGUUCGCACCUCUGGAAACUGCAGCGGAUCAGAAGCAUCUGCGCGAGUUGUGUAUGGUUUUGGCAAGCAUCCCCGAAGACAACAUCGACCAUUUGGCGCCCCCCGCACCACCUGCGGAGGCGAGCUUACAUGUCCGUUUUGUGUGGUCCUUCGCGCGCCGGGUCUGCCGAUGUUUGCGCUGGCACACUACACUGAAACGUACUUCUUCCAGUGGAAAGCCUGUUGUUUUGGGGAAGCCUGGCCUUCAGAUGCUUUGGGCUUUGCUCGACACUGCUAUUGAGAUGGUACCAUCGGCACGCACACGCUUCUUUCCUGAGCGCAAGCGGCUGGCUCUGUGGGCCAGCGUGUGCUUUGCAGCGAGGCUAGGUGUGGUGUCUGGCAAGAUCGAGGAGCCAAGCUGGCUUUCAGACAGGUACAAGCUGUGGCGUGCACCAGAGGAUGGGGGGCUGGACAGCGAAGGGGCAGCGGCACAAGUGCACAUGAUCCGCUUCGGACUGGAUGAAUGCUGGUCAACAGAUCCUGUCACGAAGCAGCUCAGAUCCAUCCAUGCAGACGACUUGCCCUGGGAGAUCUUGGGAGACAAGGCUCCAAGCGCACCCAAGGGCGAAGGCCCCGAAAGCGCAGGGCCGACGGCGCCCACGGAAGAGCACCUGCCGGAGGAUGCAAAGACCGAGGACGCCGCAGCUUCGGAUUUUCCAGACCCUGAACAGCCUGGGGACCCGAAGAAGGAAGCACCCAAGACGAUGCAGGCUUUAGAAAGCACCAUGGGCUACUUGGUGCGGAAGGAGUUGGAGCAAAAGAGAAGGCUGGUCAUCACAGGUGGCCUUGGUGCUGGAAAGAGGUCGAUCUCCGCGGGCAUUAUGGCAGAGCUGGUGACCUCACAGGUGUGGCACCAGGAUAUCUUCCGCUUUCCUGUGCGCAUGUCCAUGGAGGAACUGUCGCAGCACGUGAAAGCCACCGAUGCUCUGCAGCAGCACUUCGCCUCGUGCCGGCACCUGGCACCGGCCAGUGCCUGGGAGCGGGCCAAGGCACCUCCCUGGGCUGCUCGCUCAGGCCACCAGGUCGUGCGUGAGAAGAAUCGCAUCUUCGUCAUUGGCGGGUACAGCACGGAGAAGCUGAAGCCGUUGCAGGACGCCUGGGUGUCGCAGGAUAAUGGCCAGACGUGGGAAGAGCUGCCCACGCCUGUAUGGCCAGCACGCAGUGGUCACCAGGUUGUUUGCUGGGAGGAUAAGCUGAUUCUGCUGGGAGGUGUCGGGGAUGAGGAUCGGCGCCUCCGUGAUGGCUGGCAGUCCUCGGAUCAAGGUGAGACCUGGCAGGAGCUUCCCUGUCCAAUGUGGUCUGCUCGAUACGGCCACCGGGCAGUGGUGGUGCCUCUGCAAGUGAAGGAGGUGCCCACGCCUCACCUAGUGCUGAUGGGUGGCAAUGCUGUCGGCAACAAGGCCUGCAGGGAUGUUUGGGCCUCGGAUUCGGGUGGCUUCUCAUGGUUUGAGCUGGACCCCCUUCCGUGCAGCCCUCGCUGGAAUUUCGCUUUGACCCAGUUCCGCGACGAGAUCUGGAUAACUGGCGGUGCGGAUGAGCAGCAUUCCUUCAACGAUUGCUGGAUCAUGACCCACGAAGUCUGGCCAAGCAAAGCUGCUGGGGGCGGCGCCGGUAGCGGUGGCAGAAGGAAGUCUAACAUGACAGUAGGGGAGCCGCAGGAGUCUCCCUGGAAGCACUUCCAGGGAGCCCCUUGGUCUGAGCGAUCACUUCAUCAGGUGAUGCCCUUCAGGGGGCAGCUGGCUGUCUUUGGUGGCGUGACAAGUAGCGGCCAA